AUCAAUGGCCAUAAAUGUUGUUGCGUUCUUGAUUGGGGAAAAGAGAAGAGAGCCAAUGAAGUGGUCGAGAGAAUUUGCUCGUUAAUGGAGUUUUUGAUGAGUUGUGAGAUCAGUAUUUUGGGAUUUUCGAACUUCCCGGAGACACUUCAGAGCAGUUGUUCAUCGAGUGUUGUUGGGCAUCGGACGAGAAGAAUGUUUCAGAAAACUUUACGAAACUUUUUUGAGAGAAGACCGUCGAUGUGUCAUUUGGAAAAUGUCUCGUUGAAACUGUUCGGAAACGAUCAAUUCGUUCGAAUGGCGAAUCAGUUCAGCACACAGCUCACCUCAAUUCAUAUACAUAUUGCGGAUCGAUCGCAAUUGAGGGAAUUCAAAAGUUUAAGUCAUUUGGAGAAUUUGAUUGAUGUUUCAUUACAAAUCAACUCGUCGUGUCCAAUCGUAAACUGCUCACAUGGAUUGCACAUUACGCAUGUGUACAACAGUGAUGAUGAUAGUAGUAAUGAUGUGGCUCAGUUGAGCAAUGGAAUUGAACAUGAUAAUAAGAGCUUAUGGCCAAAAACACUGCGUUUCGUAUCAUUCCCGAAACUGCGACGUUUCCAAAUUAUUUUGUCGUCAAAUUGGUAUAUUCACAAUUCAGUUUUUAGUCACUUGUUUUUUGUUCUUUGA